AUGGCGACUGAAAAGAGCAACGCUACCUACAGCCAGUUUGCUUGCAUCGGCACUGGUUUCUCCGGUAUCGGUUUGGGCGCGACACUCAAGCGAUGGUACAACAUUACUGACGUGGUGCUCUUUGAGCGCGAGAGCAAGCUGGGUGGCACUUGGCACAUUAACCAGUAUCCCGGAUGCGCCUGUGAUGUGCCGUCGCCCUUGUAUAGCUUCUCCUUUGCCCCCAACGGCGACUGGAAGCAGCUCUUCAACGCGCAGGCCGAUAUCUUCGACUACCUAACCAAGGUUGCUGAGGAAUAUGAUCUUCUCUCCAAGAUGCGGUUCAACGCCACUGUCGAGCGCUGUGAGUGGAACGAGGCUCGAGCCCGGUGGCGCAUGGAGAUUCGCGACGAGACAACCGGCACAGUCUCGUACCACGAAUGCAAGUUCCUCUUUAGCGGUGUCGGACAGUUGAUCCAGCCGCGCGUGCCUAAUUUCCCGGGCAUGGACACCUUCAAGGGCGACAUGUUCCAUGCCGCCCGCUGGAAGCACGACGUGUCUCUCAAGGACAAGAAUGUCAUCGUCGUCGGCAACGGCUGCACGGCGGACCAGAUCGUCCCCGCCAUCGUCAAGGAGACCAAGUCGCUGACGCAGAUUGUGCGCUCUAAGCACUGGAUCGUCAAGCCGCCGCUGAUGCCCAACCCGCGACUGAUGACCUUUUUGUUCAGGAGGGUGCCGGGCAUGCUCAACUUUAUACGCCUGACCAUCUGGCUCGCCCUCGAAAACUCGUGGCGCGCCUUCUACUUGACAAAGACGGCCGCGCGCCUGCGCAAAUCUAGCGAGGCGACCGCGCGCGCCUACAUGAAGGAGCUCGCCCCGGCAAAGUACCACGACAUGCUGAUCCCCGACUUCCCCAUCGGCUGCAAGCGUCGCAUCUUCAAUCCCGGCUACCUCGAGUGCCUCCACGAGGACAACCUCACGCUGACGGACAAGGCCAUUCUCGAAGUUGUGCCAGAGGGCGUGCGCACACAGGACGGCAUCAUCGAGGCAGACGUCAUUGCCCUCGCGACGGGGUACACCACAAACAGCUUCUUGCCCCGUAUCGAGCUCGUAGGCAGAAACGGUGAGACGGCCGAGGAGCACUGGGAAAAGACCAACGGUGCUGCAGCGUACAAUGCUACUCUGCUGAGCGGCUUUCCCAACUUUUUCAUGAUUCUAGGCAACGCAGGCCCAAAUACCGUCACUGGUCAUACCUCGACCGUCUUUGCGAUUGAAAACUCAAUCAACUAUGCACUACGCAUUCUCAAGCCCGUCCUGGACGGCGAGACCGUCUCGGUCGACUGCCUCCAGGAAGCAGAGGACCGAUGGGAUCAGACCAUCCAGGAGGGUCUGACAAAGACCGUCUGGGCUGACGGCAUCUGCAACAACUGGUAUUCUCGCAAUGCCAAGGGGGAGCAGGCUCGCAACUCGUCGACAUAUCCCUUUAUGCAGGGCCACUUUUGGUACAAGUGCUUCUUCCCGCCUACGCUUGACCGCCGGACAAAGAGGGUUGGCCGCUACAUCAAGAUUGCAGUCUUGGCAUUUGCCCUCUUCGCCUCUGUCAAGGCAGCGCGCGCCGUCAGGGAAGAGGGCUUCAAGAAUAUUUUUCAAGGUUACGCUAUUCAAGCCUUUUUGAAAUUUCACAUGCUUCGCAUGCGCGUCCAGCAAGCCAUCAGGGCCAAAUAG